AUGAGUGAUCGUGUGCCACCAGCCAUUGCAAAUACAGAGUUGGAAGCUGCAUUGGCCCGAGCUCGAGGCAGAGGAGGUGUUGCCGCGCAAAGGAGGUUGAAAGCAAUCCACCUUACCAUUUUGCGUCGGUACACGGUCCAGCUUCAAGCCGUCAUUGGUGGUGGUGCGGAAUCUCGAUCUCCCCGGGGACGUUUGCAGUCUAUACAGGAUCGCAUCGUAUUCUUGGAGGAGGGCAACUAUCCCGAGAGAUUUGCCCCGGUGAUACCGCCGCUAACUGUUGACUCGGACAGUGACUGCUCACUUCUUGAGGUGGAAGGAUCGGACGAAGAAGCAGCUAAUCAGCCGGCCACUUCAUCCGCCGCUCCUGAGAUCCCACCUUGGAGAAUACAAGAGCUGUCGAUUGCACCUGAAGAGGUACCGCCGUGGAGAAGGCCACAGUCGCCUGCCUCGGCCUCCUUCACCGGAGACCGAUCCGGCGCCUGUGACAGCGCCUGUGGUUGGCUUGAGUGCGAAAUCCCGGCCAGUGCCAUCUUCGUCAGUGCAGAUUAUUCCUGCUGCGAAGCGCAAGCCAUCUGGCCCGGCACCGCCUGCAUCUACGUGUUUGUGCUGAGUUACGCAGUGCGGGACUCCACUUGCAGAGGCGAAGCGCUUGUUGAGUUCUGGGCUGAGCUGAUCCGGCAGGGGAAGGAGCUUGAGGCGCUGUAUCACAUUGACGAUAAGUUCGCCAUUGUCCAAGAGAUCUGUAACUUGGACCAUUCUGUGAUUACGGCAUAUCGCUUCAAUCCCAGGUUCGCCAAGAAGCCCAGGGACAAGUCUCGGAUGCACAAGAGCAAGCCAGACGAUUUGUGGAAGAAAGACCCGGAUACUCCUGGGGCCGAGCAGUUUGCCUAUUCCGCCCAGGACUCCUCGGGAGUCUACAUGCUAGAGUGGAUUGCUGACAGUGGUGCAGGCGUGCUAAAGGACUCUGCAGCAGCAAAGUCCAAAGAGGGUGUGACAGUCAAGUUUGACACCCAUAUGCAUGGUGAAGAGGACAAGGAUUUCCAUCCUACUGCCUAUGCGGCCUUCGUCAUCAACACCGUGCCAAAGGCCGAGGAUGAGGUCACUAGGUUUGAGAAGGCCACAGGCCGAUCGCAUUGCCACUGCAACACGAAAGGCAUCGCCAACGACACCGUCACCUGCUCCCGGCACACCGAUGCCCGGAACGCCAAUUCCAGAGGCGUGUUUGGAGAAUCUUUGCAUGCUCAAGAGUAUAUGGAACACUGCAUGGAGAAGUCAGUCAAGAUCACAUGUCAACAGGAGGGCGCCUUUGACCUUGUGUACUGCCAUACCAAGUGCCAGCUUGCAAACGGCUUGACUAAGGCCUGGGAGCUGGGUUCGGCGAUCCUCGAUGCUAUGCAAGUGCGCCAGGAUGCAGUGACCUGGAACUGCAUAGCCUAUUUGUGCAGCCGAGCCCAGCACUGGAAGGAGGCGUUGUGCAUGCUCCUUGGGGCGGACCUGCCGGGCUUCAACGCGGCCCUGCGCUCCGCGGUCGGCGCCUGGGCUCAGGCGCUGCGUCUGCUGCGCGCCAUGGCCUGCCGCGUCCUGGAGCCGGACCAGGUGAGCUUCGGCAGCAUGUCCGUGGCCUGGCGCUCGGCGGAGGAGCUGCUGCUGGAGAUGCCGCGCAGGCAGAUCCAGCGGGGCCUCGUGGCGUGGAACGCCCUGACCGCCGACACCGCCGCGACCUCCGCCUGGGCGCGGGGCCUGGCGAGGCUGCGGCGCCGGCGGUGCCAGGGGGACGCGGCCUUGGACUGCCGCACAUUUCAGCCCGCGCUCAGUGCGGUUUGGCCUCACGCCCUGCAGGUGCUGAGGCAGAUGCAGCGAGAGGUGGAGCCUGACGCCUUGAGCCGCAACCAGGCGCUCGCCUCGGCGCCAUGGCAGACCGCGCUGGCAUGGCUGCCACAGGUGGAGGCCGUGGCUUUCAGCGCCAUGGCAGCGCCCUGGGCAACGGGUGUCGUGUUGCUGGGCCAGCUGGUGCGCUCGCGCCUGGACGACGCGGUGGCCUGGGCCGGCGCCAUCGGAAGCAGCCGCUGGGACCUGGCGCUGCAGCUGCAGCACGCAGCGACGCCCUCGCAGAUCUGCGCGAACUCCGCCUUGAGCGCCUGCGAGAAGCUGCGGGCCUGGCAGCCGGCGCUGGCCACGCUGCUCCACCGCGACGACGCGGACCGGGUGAGCUUCAACUCCUGCAUCAGCGCCUGCCAAGCCGCUGAGUGGCCCCUCGCGCUUCGUCUCGCGGAGCUUUCCGCGGCGAAGGGGCCGCUGCUCGUGGACGAUUUCAAUGCGCUGCUGGCCAGUUGCGAAGAUGCGCCGUGGAACGUGGCUCUGGCUAUCCUGGAAGACUUGAAGGAAAAGCUACUGGUUCCUGACAUCUUCAGCUUCAAUAGCGCCAUGAGCGCGCUCAAGUCCGAGAGCUGGCAAAGAGCUCUGAUCCUCUUCGAGGAGAUGACCUUUGCCCGCGUGGCACCGGACGUGCUGAGCUUCGGCUGCGCGCUGCAGGCCUGCGCCACCGCCCGCGCCUGGCGACACGCGCUGGAGCUGCUGCGGCACAUGGAGGAGCUGAGCAUUCCAGGCAACCCCCUGAUCCAUGGCUCCGCGCUGCUCGCCUGCGGAGCCCAUGGCGCGGCCGCGGCGCCGCUCUUGGCGCGGCUCAGGGAGGAGCCCAAGAAGAAGAAGAAGAAGCAGAGGGAUGAGGCGCCAAAGGCUGCCGCAACGGGCGCCACAGGCACUUCAAAGCCCUCGGCCCUCAAGAUGCUGAGGCCUCGGAAGUCCGGGCGGCACUUCACGCUGUCCGUGGCACUGCCGGCCAGCAUCAUGGACAAUGCCCAGGGGGGCGAGCUCAAGGCCGUGCUGGUGGGGCACAUCGCCCGGGCACUGACCAUCUACGGCGUGGACGAGGUGGUGAUCUUUGAAGAUCGCUCCGACGCCGAAAUGAGCGAUCAGGAGGGCGUCUCCAAUGCAAUGGCCUUCUUCGCCCGGAACCUGCAGUAUUUGGAGAUGCCCCAGUAUUUGCGGAAGCCACUGGUGCCCAUGCACAAGGAUCUGAAGUGGGUGGGUUUGCUGGCGCCGCUGGACGCGCCCCACCACAUGAAGAAGUACGAGCGAAUGCCCUACCGAGAAGGAGUGGUCCUUCGCAACCAGAAGGACUGGCCCUCGCCGGUGGAGGGCGAGAAGGGCGUGUGGGUGAACUGCGGCCUUUCCGACCCGGUCUGGGUGGCAGGCAAGGAGAUCCCCAGCGACCUCCGCAUCACGGUACGCUUGGAGGAGUCCGGCGGCGAUGGCAAGGGCCGCGGCCGCGGCGGUCGCGGCUCCGGGGGCGGCCGUGGGCAGGGUGGGGGCGGCCGUGGGCAGAGCAGUGCGACGCCGCGAGGCGUGGCGGUGGAACCCUCGGAGCCGCGCACCAAAGCGGGGCUCUACUGGGGCUUCCAGACCAGGUUAGCUGGCAAUCUGAAGGCCGUCUUUGAGGAGUGCCCCUUCGGCAGCUACGACCUGAGCAUCGGCACCUCGGAGCGGGGCGAGGCCUUGGGCCUGGGGCGACUGCCCAAGUUUCAGCACCUCCUGCUCGCCUUCGGCGGUUUGGGAGGCUUUGAGGAGGUCAUCGCCGACGCAAAGAGCGGCUAUGAUGAAGCAGAUCCAAAGUCUUUAUUUCACCGCUACGUGAACGUUUGCCCCCGCCAAAAGUCCCGGACCAUUCGAACGGAAGAGGCGCUGUUGAUUGCCCUGACGACCUUGGAUCCUCUCUUGCCAGAUGGGUAA